AAUCAUGGCUACAAGACAUUCGUUUCUUUUGUCGUCUUCAUGGAAUUGACGAUGAAGAAGAAAUAGUUUCUUUUGCUAUACUUAAAGUUGAUCCAAUUAUUUUUAUUCCUGAAAAAACAUCAACUUUUGCUGCUUUUUUAAGAGCUUUAAAAAAUCAUGUAACUUACACAGUCAUGUCUCAAGCAGCACUUCAUAAUCUUCGACGUUUAAAAUAUA